ACAAUCAAAGACUUUAUUGUUAAAUUUUCUCCGAGUCCUAUCGAAACACCCCAAUUCCUAUUGUUGUAAAUUCUUGUCAAAGUCAAAACAGUGACAUUUGAAACGAAAUUAGUUUCGUGAUGUUUGCCAAUACUUUCCAGAGCGGCUUCAUAUCAAUUUUCUACAGUGUGGGCAGCAAUCCGUUGCAAUUAUGGGACAAGCAAGUGAAGAAUGGGCACAUCAGACGAGUAGUUGACGACGAGGUCAGGUCCCUGGUUUUGGAGAUAUCGGGUACGAAUGUCGCCACAACCUAUAUCACGUGUCCCAUCAAACCGAGGCUUUCCCUAGGGAUUAAACUGCCUUUUCUUGUCAUGAUCAUCAAAAAUAUGAAAAAGUAUUUCACUUUCGAAAUACAGAUUCUUGACGACAAGGACAUGCAUCGACGUUUCCGUGUCUCUAAUUUCCAAUCGACGACGAAAGUGCGUCCUUUCUGCACUACAAUGCCUAUAGGACUUAGCAGCGGCUGGAAUCAAGUCCAGUUCAACUUGGCCGACUUCACAAAACGAGCUUAUGGGUCAACAUAUUUGGAAACAACUCGAGUCCAAAUCCAUGCAAACGUCCGAAUUCGCCGAAUUUACUUUUCCGAUGUUUUAUACAGUGACGAUGAGUUACCAAAUGAGUACAAACUAUUUUUGCCAACACCCGGAACUCAAACUCCGGCACGUCCUAGUAAAGUGGUUGCAGACAAGCGCGAAUCAAAAGAUAAAAAAGAAGAAAAGAAGCCUUCAGCUGAAGAAAUCAAGCCUCCGGUAGCUCAGGAAGUCCCUUCGGCCGCUCCUCCGAGUCCGGCAGGUCCGGAAACUCCGGUAGCUGAACCUGAAGAGGCACCAGCGGCGGAACCCGAAUUAGCGGCUGAAACCGAAAUUUCAGUAGUUGUAGCUGAACCUCCGAGUGAAGCUGAAGAAGUUGCUGAAACAACGACCGAAGCACCGACUGAAGAAACGACUGAAGCACCGACUGAAGAAACAACUGAAGCACCGACGGAAGCCGAACCGGCUGAAAAUGCCGAAGUAUCUGUAGCUCCGAUUGAAGGUGCAAAUGAAGAAGCUCCUCCUGAAACAGCUGCUCCUGAAGUUGAGGCACCUCCGGUUGCGGUUGAAGAAACUCCGGUUGAGGAGCAACCACCCGCUGAGGAAAAGCCUCCAGUUGAAGAACCUGCGGCCGAAGCACCACCCGCUGAGGAACAAGCACCGGUAGAAGAAGCGGCUGCAGAGGCUUCAUAAUGUGCUAUUUUAUGUUUUAAUAAAUGUUUUGAAUUUGG